AUGGCGAACCCUUGCAAUGCAGAAGAGGCAGAUGUUGCACUAUCGAUGGACCUUCCAGAGUUCAAUCGUAUCAACUCCAGCAUGUCAUCUCAACCUUGCCUUGUUCUAAGGGAAUUUAUUGCAGAACUUUUGAGACAGUUUGGAAUAAAGUCUGCUGUCUUAAAUGCUGAACUGCCGCAAAAUUCUCGAUCUCACAUACUUGAGGAAUUUAAUGCAGGCCUAUUUGAUUAUUUAAUUGCGACUGAUGAAAAUAAGGAGAGAGCUCAAAAUAGCAAGGACAAACAGACCAAAUCCAAAGGCUCUAACAAACAUUUCAGACGGAGGUUGGACACUGAAUUUGGGGUUGUCAGAGGAAUAGACUUCAAAAAUGUUUUUACGGUGAUUAACUUUGACAUGCCUCAGAGUCCUGAAGGUUAUGUACAUAGGGUUGGGCGGACUGGAAGAGCAUAUAACACCGGUGCAUCUGUUUCUCUUGUUUCCCCUGAGGAGGGUAAAAUCAUUGAGAAAGUUAAGCUAACAUUAGGUGACAGCGGAGACAUGGAUAGCUCAAGCCAUAUUACACCUUUUCCUUUACUCACGACAAACGCUGUAGAAUCUUUACGAUACAGAGCUGAGGAUGUUGUCAAAAGUGUGACGAGAUUUGCUGUUAGGGAAUCCCGUGCUCAAGAUUUAAGAAACGAAAUCUUGAAUUCAGAAAAAUUGAAGGCUCAUUUUGAAGAGAACCCUAGAGACUUGGAUUUGCUGAAGCAUGACAAGUUGUUGAGUAAGCAUGCUCCUCCGGCUCAUCUUCGUGAUGUUCCUGAAUACCUCCUUGAUCCGACAACUCAAGAAGCAAGCAAGACAGUCAAGCUCACUAGAGCUGCAAUGGGGAUAGAGAACCGUAAGAGGCCGACUGCUUUCAAUAAAGGAUUUCGUAAGAGUAAAGACCCACUCAAAACCUUCACUGCUGAGGUAUGGAAUUUAAUUUUCUGAUUCCUGUUUGAAAUGCGUCUCAUGAGUAGUCUAGGCAUAGUUACAAGAGAGGAGGGAGGUUGAAUUGAGUAUGCAAUCAAUGUUCACAACUUAUUUCAAAACUCUUCUAAUUUUAUGGCACAAUAUGCACAAUGAAUAACUUACAAGAUAAAGAAAUAUGCAUUGACAAAACCUAAAUUAGAAUUUUAUUAUGCUAUUUAGUGAGUGAUCUAGAUCAAAAUACAU